CCUUUGUGAGGCGAAUGUGAGCUCUCCCAGCACCCAGUUCGGGUGACAGCCACGAUCCGCAAACCUGCAACUGCAAACCUGCAACCCCUUGGAUAACUAUCUGCUCGUCGUCGUCGUCCUCCUUUCGUGUUGUUGUCCUGUACCUUGCCUCAGUGCUCUCACCGGGCAUCCCUAUCAUCAUCAUCAUCAUCAUCAUGGGCCUCCAAACUGCGGUGGUGGCUGUGAUCGCAGUCGGGUUUCUCCUGAUUCGAUACCUGAACAGAACCGAUAUUCCCAAGAUCAGCAAGCUGACCGAGAUACCGGGCAUUCCGAUAUUUGGGAGUCUCAUCCAGCUCGGCGAGGAGCACGCCAGGGUAGCUGCGGGAUGGGUGAAGAAGUAUGGCCCGGUUUUCCAGGUUCGAUUGGGGAACAAGAGAAUCGUCUUUGCGAAUACCUUCGAUUCGGUCAAAUAUUUCUGGAUCACGCACCAAUCUGCGCUGAUCUCUCGCCCGACCCUACACACCUUUCACACUGUGGUUUCCAGCUCCCAGGGCUUUACCAUCGGCACAUCGCCCUGGGAUGAGUCGUGCAAGAGGCGGCGCAAGGCUGCUGCGACCGCUCUCAACCGUCCCGCAGUUCAAUCCUACAUGCCGAUCAUCGAUCUAGAGUCCAACGUUAGCAUCAGGGAGCUGUUCCACGACAGCAAGGGCGGCACCGUGGAUAUCGACCCCAAUGCCUACUUCCAGCGAUUUGCGCUGAACACCAGUCUAACUCUGAAUUACGGCAUUCGCAUUGACGGAAACAUCGACAACGAGCUGCUGAAGGAGAUCUGUCACGUCGAGCGCAUCGUGAGCAAUUUCAGGAGCACGAGCAACAACUGGCAGGAUUACGUGCCGCUUCUGCGAUUGUGGCCGAGUCGGAACUCGGAGGCCAAGGAAUUCCGCAUCCGCAGGGAUAAGUACCUCACCCUCCUGCUCGACAUGUUGAGAGAGCGGAUCAAGAAGGGAACAGACAAACCAUGCAUCACUGGAAACAUUCUGAAGGACCCGGACGCGAAAUUAAAUGAAGCUGAGAUCAAAUCGAUCUGCCUUACCAUGGUUUCCGCUGGCCUCGACACCGUGCCCGGGAACAUAAUCAUGGGCAUCGCCUACCUCGCCUCGGACCACGGCCAACAGAUCCAAGCCCGAGCCUACGAUGAAAUCAUGAAGGUGUAUCCAAACGGAGAUGCCUGGGAAAAAUGCCUCGUUGAGGAGAAAGUCCCCUACAUCACCGCUCUGGUCAAGGAAGUCCUCCGAUUCUUCACUGUCAUCCCGAUAUGUCUACCCCGCGUCAGCAUUAAGGAUAUCCCCUACGAGGGUGCAGUCAUUCCGGCCGGCACUACAUUCUUCAUGAACGCCUACGCCGCCGACUACGACGCCACCCACUUCAAAAACCCCCACCUCUUCGAGCCGGAGCGCUACCUCUCUGCCACCGACGGCAGCGGAACCCCGCACUACGCCUACGGCGCCGGCUCGCGCAUGUGCGCCGGCUCGCACCUCGCCAACCGCGAACUCUACACCGCGUUCAUCCGGCUGAUCACGGCCUUCCGCAUGGUGCCCGCGCGGGAUCCCCGGGACCAUCCGGUCCUGGACGCGCUGGAUUGCAAUGCCACGAAGACGUCGCUGACGCUGGAUCCGAUGCCGUUUAAGGUUUGGUUCCGGGUCAGGGAUGCGGAGAGCCUGGAGAGGUGGAUGCGGGAGAGCGAGGAGAGGACGAGGGAGUUGUAG